GAAACAUGUGGCAUUUGGAAGAUUCAGUAUGUAACAUAUUACUUGAUAUUUGCAGUAAAAAAAAAAAAAAGUGUUAAAAUGUUUAGAAAUAGGAUUGAUCUAAUUAUGGCUUCAGAAAAAUCUGUGUUGAGUCUACAUUGGCCUAGCGUUUUAGUAGUCAGUGUGGAAAGCUAUCUUCAGAGGGCAAUUCACCCUCUCCCAUUACAGGUAUUUAUCACACACUAUUUAACUGUGUGAGAUGAAUUGUCCUGAAAACAUGGAUUAGGAUUCUUCUUCCUGCCUAUAGAGAUCCUGCUGCCAGCUGAACUUUCGCACUGCAGUUCUCUUGGUAUCAGGCAACACCACUGGGAAUGACGACAGAGCAAAUGUAAAAGUUGCCAAAUUACCUGAAUGUAAUAAAGUAAACUGAUGAUGUUUUAUUGCAUAGGCUUUAUCUGAAAACAAAUGUUAGAAGAAAAAGCAAUAAAAUAAGUAUGGAAAUCAAUAAUAUUUCUUGGGAACAGUGGGUCAAAGGCGUUCAAGUUUUACCUUGCUAUCUUCAUUGAAGUUAUUGCAAAAAAUAAAUGUUUUUCUUAUUACUUCUAGUUGGUUUGGGGGAAAACCACCUGACUGAUACUUGGAAACAGUCAUAAUUGGAGGGGUUUUGAAUGCAGUCUCAGUUGAAGAUGUAUGAGGAAGAGACACCAUCUCUGCACUGGGGAUUGGAUCCUGUAUUUUCUGCAUUUGCAAGACUCUAUAUUAAAGAUAUAAAAGAAAUGAGAGAAUCCAAACAAGUGCCAGGUAUAUUCUUUUAUAAUGGACAUCCAAUAAGACAGGUGGAUGUUGUCGGGAUAGUGGUUCAAACAAAAGAACGAGAUGCCUUUUAUAACUAUGGAGUGGAUGAUAGUACUGGAGUUAUAAAUUGUGUUUGCUGGAAAAAUCCCAUGGUAGCAGAAACAUCCUUAUCAGGUUGCCCAAGCACCCCCAGCAGCCUUACUGUGCUUGAACAGAUGAAGAAACUCCAAGAAAUGGUGAGCCAGAAAACCAAGCUGGAGAUUGGGGAUAUUAUCAGGGUCAGAGGUCACAUACGAACCUACAGGCAACAAAGAGAAAUUCAGGCUUCCUGUUUUUAUAAAGUGGAUGAUCCUGUAUGUGAUAUGCAGAUUUCAAGAAUGCUGGAGCUCCCUUGUCUUUAUAGAGAAGUUUAUGAUAAACGUUUCCAAGGCCCUGAGGAGGGACAGAGUGGCCUGGAGGGUCAGAAUUUCUCAAUCAAUAUGCUGCAUGAGAAAGUGAAAGGCUUUCUAUUAGAAAACAAAAUCCAGACCUUUUAUCAACAGGAGUUGGAAACAAUUGAUACUCUCGUGUCACUUGCUGGUGUGCAUCUACCAAGUCACAGUUGUCAGGAGGUGAAGUCAAAAAGUCACUGCAGUUCCAAAAGGAUUCACAGUCUUUUUAAGGAAGCAAUAAAGAAGCUACAAGAGAAAGGCAUGGUUUUUCAAAAACCUAGUAGCUCCAAGGACUUAUACCAUGUGACUGACCAUGAUAAGGAGCUGCUUAAAGUGACCCUUGAUGUGAUAAAAGAAGACUGUCGAAAACCCAGGCAUGCUGAAAAAGGCUGCCAUUUCCUUCAUGUCCUGAGCUGUGUUAGGUUGAGCUACAACCCCUCUGUGACUGAAGCAGUGAUGCGCCGUGUCUUGGAACUGCUGGAAAGUAACAGUGAUGUUGUCAGCACUAUGGAAGGCUAUUACAUGGUAUUUUAGAAAGAGAAGAUAAGAUACAUUUGUUCUGAUCCAUUCAGUGUAAAGGAGGGAAAAGGAGAGGUUGGGUGACCCUGAAAAGCUGCUGUUACCUAGAAUGGUCUAGAUAGGCAAAAAAAACCCAAAAAAAGCAUUCUGAUUCUCCAAAUGCUGUUUUUGUCUAGCUCCAGAGAAGUUGUCUAAAUACCUGUUUUUUAAUAUUACUGACUUACUUGCUACUCCUAGUGGAAGUUGUAUCAAGCUAAUUCUGAACAUCCUAACACAGCAGAGGGGCUGGAAGAGAAGCUGGACUCUUUCCCUGCAGUAAGAUGUGACAUGGCUGUCCUCACGUUUACAUCUGGUGAGCCCCAAAGAAAAGUCACUGCCAAAGAGCACUGUUUACAGCAGUAGUCUUAUCAGGACUCAUUUUUCUGGCUUGAAGACUGAUCUUGUGAUCUUUCAAUAUGGUAAUAGCUGUGGAUCUUUCUUUUUAUGUGUACUUUAAAACAGCUAAAGAAAGGACAUGCAAGCAAACAAUCAAAAUAUUUGCCUAUCCUUCCUGGCAGUGCUGGUGUAUCCAUGUCUGUAAAGAUGUAUUUCUGAAUGUGCACAGGUUUGCCACCACUAAAGUGUCCUCACCUUUCUCUGAAAAGCUACAUUCAGAAGUGGGGUCCUGUCUGCCUUUCCCAUCCUGCAGUCUUGCUCGCUGCUUGUCAAGCGUGCCUGGAUUCCCCUGGCUACUGUGUGCACUACUGAUUCCUCUUGUUGUGGAUUCUGUUCAGAUCAGAACUCUCAGAAACAGCCACCGUUUUGCUGUUUAUCUGUAUCACAAAUGCUAAACCAUAAAUCAGAUGCUUUGGACAAGAAAAUACAGAAGCCAGCAAGGCCCAGUGUAAUAUCCAUACUCCCUGUUUUCUGUCUUUUGUCUUAUAUUCCAUCCCACAUUUGGGGAAAAGUACCAUCCAUGUCUGUGCUUGCAGAGGAACACAAGACAUUGAUGAAAUAACAUUUGCCUAAAGAAGGUUACCAUGCGAGACAUUUGAUCUGGAAUAAUCAAAAUUCUGUUAUGUGCCACAGUUCAAAGCCUGGAGCUGUUCAGUAUUUAUCCUUAGAGAGGGCUUUCUGCUGCAGAGGCUUGUCUGUUUAAUUAAUCUGUUUAAUUAAUGGUGUGGAUGUGAGACCUUCAACUUUAAAAGAGAAGAAAGGACUGAAUGUAUCUUUCCUCUUUCUUCUGUACCUUCCCUCUAACACUUGAAAUAGCAGACUCACAGGAGGCAGAUGUAGUGGUAAAGCCCUAUAAGGAUUGACAUAGCAGGGAAAAAUAAGCCAUAUGCAUGAGGAAAGCCAGGGAGUAGACCCAUGUGUGCCAGGUCUCUGGUUUGUUGUUAUAUGCCUCAUUCCAAGCUCUGGCUGCUGUGAGAUAUAGGCUAAGAGAAAAGCAUGACAGAAUAUUUGGCAUUUGCAUUCAGAGGCCUGUGGAAAACUCUUGCCUUAAAGAGGUGGUGCAUUUGUCCAUAGUGGAAAACUGUGUAGGAAUCAUUCUUUUGCUGUAAAUGUCCUACAUGCUGAACGGCUCCAUAGUUGGUUUUGCUGCAGGCUGCCCUACUCCUAGCAUUUUUUCCUCUGUUUUGAGUUGAAUACGUUUUAGUCAGAAUUUAGUAUGGGCCUGAACAUGUGCUGAAAGGAUAUACCUAUGCAGAAGGAAAUAAAAGAUUAGGAAAGAAUUGUACAAGCCUUCCCCCCACCAUCAAUAUCUCUGAAACACAAGGAAAGAAGUCCAGAUUCUGAGUGAAGAGGUAACUUUAUUUUAUGCCUACAAAAAGGUCUGAUUGGCCACAGGAAAGAUUAGCUUCUCAGAUUCCUGCUCUGAUUACUGAUAAGUUUGAAGUGAUGCUUAAAAACUAGGGCUAACUAUGAGAGAAGUAGUUUGGAAUAUCAAUUCCUAUAUGAAAGAACAUGGCAACUAAUUUAAGAGACCAACUUUGCCAUUUUCUUGAAAAGUCCUGUAUUAUCAGAAUCUGAUUUUGCUGGGAAAGGCUUAAAAUAACACUGCUAGUUUAGUGGGAAAGGUGAUCUCCUCUCAGGUUAGAAACGAGAGAGACUGGGUCUCACGAGGGUGUCAGCCAAGUGUGUGGGCUGGAUGAGUUUUGGGAGGAGCACUGCACAGCUGAAUCUUGGAGGAAAAGAUAGUCUGGAGACUGAAUUGCUCUUUAGGGUCUCUUUAAAUUAAAUUCACACCAAAGCAAGAUUACAUCUUUGUCCUUUGUAGCUUGGAUAGUCAUACGCAUAGCAUCUAAUGAGUUCUAUUGCCUCCAACUUGGAUGCUGCACUUCCUGUGUUUUAGAUGCAUUUCUGUGUGAAGUCUGCUUAAAACCCCCUAUACAUUGGAGAUUGAUCCAGAUACAAGUGUCUUCCCACUCUGUUCUGCCCCCGUUACAGUUUGAAAGCACCGAUCAACUGGGAAGCAUCGGAGAUUAGGUGGGAAGAAUUAAUCUCAGGAAAGACAGUAAGUAACUCUGGACAGAACUUUCUUCUUGGAAGUUUUUAAGCUGGUCCUCACUGGCGAUGCUGGACUCUUGUGAUUGAGGGUGUAUUCUGUUGAAGAUUGCUUCCCAAGAACAGGAAAAAGGGAUUUUUCUCACUUAACUCAGGGAAAUAUGAGUGAGCAUAAGGGAGUCUACAGUUUUUACAGGAGUGAAAAGUUAAAAUUAAUGGAGGAGCCUAGAUUUCAGCUACACAGAUUCUACAGAUUGGAGGGAAGAGUUGUGUCUUAAGCUUGUGUGCUUUAUUUUUUCCACAGUAGCCACCCAAUACAGACUAACACUUACUCUGGUUGAGUGCUUUCCCUCUCUUGUACCUACAGGGAAUACUGUAGUCAUAUGCCUGCAGAGAAGUACCCCAGCUAGCUGUGGGAGCACAGAGCUCACUGUAGGUCAAUUUACCCAUUUAGUCAGUAUCUCUACAGUAUGCUUCUGUGACAGCAGUCUAGACAUACCCAUAUUGGUAUAAGUCACUUUUAUGUAAGUCUAACUAAACACACUAGGGCUUUUACUGCUAAUAAACUGUCUCUCUGUUUAAAGAUCAUAUCUUUAACCAAGAGAGUCAUAUCAUGAACACUGCUAAAAUUCUUAACCUAAGAUUCUUAACACUUGUACCACAACUACAAAAUACUGUGUGAACAUUCAGUGAUAACACAAUUAUUACUGGUUUAUUAAAGGAUUUUGAAGGUUGCACUUUAAUGUAAAACUGACAAGUGAGAAUUCAUGUUGUAGGGCUGCUUCCUGGCCAGUCCCAGUUUCCAUAGAAACAGUUGUGGCAGGAAAAUGCAGGUAAGGAACAUGGAGUUUUCAAAAGCAGUCAGCUUUUUAAUGUUACCUUAAAAUGUUUUGUUUUGUCUUCAUAGAAAUGCAGAGCCCAAGAAUAGGAAUUAUCAAAGAAUGUUAAUAUACUAUUCUAGUAAAAUAUCCUGAUUGCUUUUCUGGUGAGGAAAUGAAGGAACAACUCUACCUCCAGUCCCCACCAUCUGCUUAGGUGAGAGAAGAGGUGAGGUUGCUUCAUACCUCAGUUUCCCUCUAAAUAAACUGGGGAUA